UGGACACCACCUCCUAGCGUGUUUCCUGCACGUCCACACCGGCACACUUCCACCUGUCCACCUACUCUUGUGUUCCGUGUGGCUCCCCUGCGCAGACCGGUGCUAAGCGCUAAGCUAGCUAGCUAGCUAGCACGCGGAACUUCCCGGCGGCUGCUCACGUCGCUUCCGCCCCGACAUGAAAAGAAACGGCGCGUACAAGUUUUUGUCAGUUUUCUCCUGCUUCGUCGUUUGUGUGUUCUUGUUCUUGUUUUGGUUCUUUAUAUUUUACUCCAUGGUGCUCGCGCCGUAAAGCGCAGACAGGGCAGCAGCUAAGCUAAAGCUACUUACCCAGAGUGCUUUGCUUUAUUGACAAGUCCCGCGAUCACAUGACCCGCUUCACCAGGAAGUAAGAAUCUAUGCAGAACCUGGCUGUGCAGCGUCUCACUGAAGUUGUGAUGGCCUCUGACAUCGGUGCAGCGGCGGUGGCUGACCUCAAGCUGCAGUUUGCUCCCUUCAGCAGUGCCCUGGAGGCCGGUUUCUGGCACCAGCUCACUCAGAAGAAGCUCAAUGACUACAGAUUGGACGAGAGCCCCAAAUGCAUCAAGGGAUACUACUACAACGGUGACCCGGUUGGUUUGCCAACUCGCCUCAAUUUGGAGUUCAGUGCAUUUGAUGUUGAUGGUCCAACCCCAGCCCGCUGCUCUCCAGCUGCUGGAACGCUGUACAACACCAACACGCUGGACUCCUUCAAGACCAUCGAUAAGAAGGCUCUGCUGGAGAAGGAGGCCAAGGAGAUAUGGGAUGCUGUCCAGUCUGGGGCUGCCUGGAAGGACCCGUCCAGCCUCUGCAGGUUCAUCCUCCUGACCUUCGCAGAUUUGAAGAAGUACCAUUUCUACUACUGGUUCUGCUUCCCUGCGCUCUGUUUCCCAGACGGAAUAAAGCUCGUCCAGCCGCCAUCUCUCCUGCAGCACGCUUUCUCAGCCAAACAGAUGGCGGCCCUGCAGGAGGCCUACGACGGCCUGUGCAUGAAGGAAGGGACCAGUGCAGUCCCCUACUUCCUGAUGAAGUACACCGACGACACCGCUCAGCUGGCUCCACUGGGGGACUGGGAGGCGUUUGUCACUGAUACUAAGAAGGUGACUGUGGGCGUCUAUGAUCCGUGUACUCUGUCUCAGCAUCCGGGCUGGCCUCUGAGAAAUGUCCUGGUCCUCUUAGCCAACCAAUGGGGCUCCAGGGUGGACACGGUGGAGGUCCUGUGCUUCAGGGACAGGACUCUGCAGGGAAGUCGCUCCAUCCAGCACAGCAUCAUCUUCCAGGUCAAGCUACCUGAACUCCCCAACAGCUCAGUGUGUCCUAAGAGCGUGGGCUGGGAGAAGAAUAAGAAGGGCGCUAUGGGUCCCCGGAUGGUCAACCUCAGCGAAUGCAUGGACCCCAAAAGGCUGGCUGCGUCAUCAGUGGACCUGAACCUGAAGCUGAUGAGAUGGAGGCUGGUUCCGUCCUUGGACCUGGACAAGGUGGUCAGCACAAAGUGUCUUCUUCUGGGCGCUGGGACGCUGGGAUGCAAUGUGGCCCGGACUCUCAUGGGAUGGGGAGUGAGACACAUCACAUUUGUAGAUAAUGCCAAGAUCUCGUACUCCAACCCAGUUCGCCAGCCGCUGUACGAGUUUGAGGACUGCCUUGGAGGAGGGAAGUCCAAAGCCAUGGCAGCUGUGGACCGACUGACCAAAAUCUUUCCCGGUGUGAACGCAGAGGGUUACAAUAUGAGCAUCCCUAUGCCUGGACACCCGGUGAACUUCUCUCAGACGACUCUAUCACAGGCCCAGAAGGACGUGGAGCAGCUGGAGAAACUUAUUUCAGAGCAUGAUGUGGUGUUUUUGCUGAUGGAUACGAGGGAGAGCCGCUGGCUGCCUACAGUGAUCGCUGCCAGCAAGAGGAAGCUCGUGGUGAAUGCUGCCCUGGGCUUUGACACAUUUGUUGUGAUGCGCCACGGCCUCAAGAAACCUCCCGUCACUCAGAGCGUUUCCACGGCAGCCGACUCCUCCCCGUCUUGUUCCUCUGCCUCCUCCUCGUCCUCCACGCCGGCUGGCUCGGCGCCCUCCGUCCCAGGAUCCUCUCUGUUCUCCAACAUCCCUGGACACAAGCUGGGCUGCUACUUCUGCAACGACGUGGUGGCGCCGGGAGAUUCCACCAGGGAUCGGACCCUGGAUCAGCAGUGCACGGUCAGCCGACCAGGCCUCGCCAUGAUCGCCGGAGCCCUGGCUGUUGAGAUGAUGGUGUCCAUUCUGCAGCACAGUGAAGGAGGCUAUGCAGUUGCCAGCAGCAGUGAAGACAGAAUGAAUGAGCCUCCCACUUCUCUGGGCCUCGUGCCGCAUCAGGUAACACACAGAAUCUCUUCUGGCAGUAAUGUCACACCCGGAGCUUCUCUUAUUGAGGUUCAAUGCUGCUCCUGCUCUCCUAUAGUCCUGGAUCACUACGAGAGGGAAGGUUUCAGCUUCCUGUCCAAGGUUUUUAAUUCCUCCCACUCGUUCCUUGAAGACCUGACAGGGCUGACGCUGCUGCACCAGGAGACGCAGGCUGCAGAGAUCUGGGAUAUGAGCGACGACGAGAGCAUCUGAAGGACGGCAGCAGCACAUCCAGAGCCCAGAAGGACUCGGCACUCCGAUCCACGCUUCUCUUUUGGUUUCUUUGCUUUUGUUUUUUUUAAUGAAUGAACCUUAACCCUGUUCACAUAAUCAGAAUUAAACACGUUACAGAAACUCUUGAGAAAAGCAGAGCAGUAGACUUCCUACCAGACCUUCCAGGGCUGAGCAGUAAGACGGUAAACGUACAGAUUGCUUUUUACUGCUGAAAUAUUCAGUGAAUGUUUCUCGAUGUUACAGGAGGACAGUAACAAGUCGUUUUUUCUUUUAUAUUGUGUGUAUGAGACCUGUUUUAUUGCCUGAUGAUGUGUAGCUAAUCACACUUUCAUUCCUCGAGCAAAAACAAACCAAACUGUCUUAUGUUUGUCUUUCUGGGGUCCAGACGCCUCACUCAGUGGUCACAGGUUUAAUCCCUCGCACAGUCUCUCCAUCAUCACUUUUAAUGGGUUUACGGAAGAGUCCUUUGGCAAGACGUUGACGACAUCUGCUCACCUAUUCAGUUUGGAAAAGAGCUUUAGUUAAGUUACGAAAUUACAAAAACACAGUUGACAGCUUCACAAGUCCAUCCAUCUUGUUGUGUGUUUACUGGAGACUGUGGUGCAUACAGUAGAGCUGAUACUAAAACCAGCUUGUUGCUUCAGAGACCUGCACAGAUGUUACUGUACGGUUUCUGAAAUAACUCCCAGGUCCUGAAGACGACCUGGAACCGACCCACAAGAGCCAAACAAGAACCUCCAGGUCUUGGUUGGUGUCGAUGCAAUGUAUGAUCGCUGUCACUUGGAUGUUUAUGGAGAGAAUUCACUCCACAAUUUGAGACAAACGCUAAAAACUAAAGACAAACACGAUGUUGAACAUUAUAAAUCAGAUGCUACUGUCAGAAUGAUCCUAUUGAGUUAAUUCUCUUGUCUAAGUAUGAAACCAGAAACUGGAAUAAAAUUCUCUUUUUGCUGUUUAUAUGUGGGAGCGUUUCAUCAACAGGUGAAUAAAGGACGCUGACGUUCUG